CAGGCCUGCAAUCUGACGUAAUAAUGCGUCCAUUUCCACAAUCGUUGGCGAGUUCCAAAUGAACCCGACCAGCGCCGCCAGCCACGAUACGCUCCUUGACGACGCCCCACCGUCCCACUGCUGCCUUCCCAGUUGUCGGCGGUAUGCCAAGGAAGCCUCGCUGUGUCUUAUCCACCAUCGACUGCAACACAUCGCGAGCACAGCGCCACGGCGCUCCGAUGAACCAGUGUCCACUGGCCAAGCUUGGCCAUUCACGUCGUCCGCAUCGCCACGUUCAUCCGUAUCGACGCACGAUACCUUCAGUAACACAAUGAUGGCCACCGCGCUUGCACCACGCUCGUCGUCGUCGUCGCCGCAGACAAGCCGAAACUCGCGAUGCCGGUUCCACAACUGCACGUCGUAUGCGAGAAACGGAGGCCUGUGCACCCGCCACGGUGGCGGACGCAAGUGUCACAUCGUCCACUGCACAACGCCGUCCCAGACAGGCGGGUUGUGUCGAUUGCAUGGUGGCGGCACGCGGUGCAAGUCGGACGGCUGCGCCAAGUUUGCUCGUGUGCGUGGGUUCUGUUCAAUGCACUAUGGCAACUCAGUAGCUGUAGGAGCAGCAGCUGCAGCAACCUCCGCGUCGAUAGAUCAAGGACGACAUAGAAUCCCCCUUAGCAAAUCGCCGUCGACUGAGUUACGAUGAAUGGUAGUGUUAUAAUUUACUCUAACACUGGGCUAUGGAGGGAACAAAA